UGCGAGACAAAAGCCUGGCACCGGAUCCAACAGGCUCACAAUCACAACCCGUUCGCACAAGCAGUCCCGCGAACGAAAGAACAAGUUCCGUCAUGAGCCAACGUGUCCCCUGGAAGGAAUCUAACCUGGCCUUGAUUGGUAGUGACCUGGAUCACAAGAUCAAAGCGGCUGCUGCUGAGAAUGAAGAGCAGUGGCAGGGUCUGAACGAAGCGCCGGGCAGAAAAGUCUGGCGCAUCGAACAGUUCAAGGUAGUCCCUUGGCCCGAGGAUCAGUACGGAAAAUUUCACAAGGGAGAUUCUUACGUUGUUUUGAACUCUUAUACUGAGGACGGGAGUGAUGCACUCUUGCACGAUAUACAUAUUUGGAUUGGCUCUGAAUCUUCGCAGGACGAGUACGGAACGGCCGCUUACAAGAUGGUCGAAGCCGAUGAUUCGUUGGGUGGCGCCGCUAUCCAGCAUCGAGAGGUUCAAGGCAAGGAGAGCCCGCUUUUUCAGUCCUACUUUGAGGAAUUGACUUAUCUAGAAGGUGGUGCCGACACCGGAUUUAAUGUCGUCGAGCCCACGAAGGACAAGCCGCAUUUGUACCGGGUGAAGGGCACGGAAAAGGGAAUGUCGCUCACCCAGCUGUCUCUCUCCAAGUCGUCUCUGAAUACCGGAGAUUCCUUUAUUCUAUUCGCCAACGGAAGCAACGUUUGGCUUUGGAACGGCGAGUCUGCUAACCCCGACGAAAAGGCCCGCGCGAACUCAUUGGCUGAGAGCAUGUGUACGCAGGGAACAGUCAAAGUUUUGGAUCAAGGUCAGGGCGACGAAGAAGAGACCGACUUUUGGGAUUACCUUGGUGAUGGCGAAAUUCAAGAAGCCGAUGAUGGAGAUGAAGAGGUUGAUGAGUUUAUUCCUCUCUUGUUCAAGCUCUCGGAUAACCCGGACGAAGAACCUGAGCAGGUUGCGGAGGGUGAACCUGUGAAAGUUCGUUGGGGUAGUCCUUCACCCAAGAUAGAUCGCUCCUUUCUGAAUGAGAACGAUGUAUUUUUGCUCGACGCCGGUUGGGAAAUUUUUGUUUGGAUCGGUACCGAUGCAGACCGCAGUGAGAAGCUUAUGGCCAUGGGCAAGGCGGAUAGUUUUUGCAAACAGGAUCCUCGUAAGGCCGACCUCCCCGUCUCCAUUGUGAAGAGCGGUUGGGAAAGCUCUGGAUUCAAGGCUUUCUUCAGCGAAUAGACGGUUGGACUGGCAACGAUUGUUGCGAGAGAUCUAGAAUGUAGCUGACUGACAGAGAAUAUGAGAUAAUAUUUCAGAAAUUUCCGUAUUACAAUUAC